AUGAGGCGAGGGCGCGGCCUCGUAGGCCUGGCGGGCCCCUUCCUCCGCCUCCUCCUCCUCCUGGGCGGCUUCUUCCGGCGCCUGGAUGGCCAGACGUUUUUGCAUAUCACGUACCCCCAAAAAGUCCUCUCCAACCUCACUGAAGACGGCUUUGAAGAAGAUGCGGGCAAGCAGACGUAUAUCAUCACGAUCAAUAAGAAGCCGUACACGGUUCACCUGAUGCAACAAACGUUUUUGCCAAACGACUUCAUGGUUUACACCUACAAUCGAGGGGGCUUUGUACACCCCAGUUCCCCACAUAUUCAGAGAGAAUGCUUCUAUCGAGGAUAUAUCCAAGGCAUCCCCAACUCAGUUGCAAUACUCAACACCUGUUCUGGGCUCAGAGGGUUGCUGCAGUUUGAAAAUGUCAGCUAUGGGAUCGAGCACUUGCAGUCCUCCAGUACCUUUGAACACCUGAUCUAUCAACUGAACAACAAAAACCUCAACAGCCCGCUUUGGACAGAGAGCUUCUCUCCGUUGGAGAGACCAUCAGGGGAUGGCGGUGUGUCUUAUAAGCUACUUUCCGAUACUAAACCACUAUCAGAAGUCUUGAAAACAUUCAGAUACAUAGAAUUGUAUGCCGUUCUGGACAAACAUUUGUAUGACUAUAUGGGCGGAAACCGUGAUGACGUCACCCAGAACAUUGCACAGCUGAUUGGUUUUGUCAAUAGUAUAUUUUCUGAGCUCAACAUAACGAUCGUUCUCUCUUCGCUGGAAUUCUGGACGGACCACAAUAAAAUCAACACGUCUGGAGAGCCCGAUGAGUUGCUACGGAGGUUCUUACAGUGGAAGAAUUCGUACCUGGUCCUGCGCCCCCAUGAUUUGGCGUUUUUGUUUGUUUACAGGGAGAAGCCUAAUUACGUCGGAGCGACCUUCACAGGAAAGCUGUGCCUUCGGAAUUACGACGCAGGCGUUGCUCUGUAUCAGAAAUCAAUUACGAUGGAGACGUUUUCGGUCAUCCUGGCGCAACUGCUGGGCCUCAACUUGGGGAUGGAGCAUGACGACGGGAAAGACUGUCGCUGUCCGGGACCCGUCUGUGUUAUGAACACAGGAGCAGUGCAUUCAAAUGGCGUCAAAACCUUUAGCAGCUGCAGCAUUGAAGACUUCCAAAACUUCAUUAAGUUCAAAGGAGCCCCUUGCCUUUCAAACAGGCCCAACCUGCGAUUGUACUACGAAAAGGGAAAGGCAAACGGCAAAUCUGUUUGUGGAAAUGGGAUUCUGGAACACGGCGAGAAGUGCGAUUGUGGUUCGCCUGAGGCCUGUAAAUACAGUAAGUGUUGUACCAGCACAUGCACCUUUCAGCGGGGAGCUGUGUGCAGUAAUGAAUUAUGCUGCGAAGACUGUAAGUUUAAGCCACGAAAUGCAAUAUGUAGGCCGGCGACGGACAAAUGCGACUUCUCUGAGUACUGCAACGGGAGUUCGGCGUCUUGUCCAAGUGACGUUUACGUCCAGAAUGGUCACAAGUGUGGCUCCAACACUGGCUUCUGUUACGGUGGGAUGUGUCAGUCGGCGGAUCUUCACUGCCAGGAUCUCUUCGGGAAAAGCUCAAAGAAUGCUCCAGUUGCGUGCUACGAAGAGAUCAACAGCCAGGCAGAUCGAUUUGGACAUUGUGGGACGGAUCCCAAAAUGGGAUUUAAGCCUUGCGCUUCUCCGGAUAUCCGAUGCGGGAAGUUGAUUUGCGUGUAUCCGUACACAGUUCCCUUCACUAAACUGAAGGUCCCGGUCCUGUACACCCCAGUAAAAGAUACCAUUUGUAUAUCUUUGGACCUUCAACAGUUGGAAGGGUUUCCAGACCCGAUGCUGGUGAGAGAAGGCACAAAAUGCGGAGUCGACAAGGUUUGCAUCAGACAAGUAUGUGAAAAAGCCAACAUCCUGAAAUACGAUUGCGAUCCUGUUAGAAAAUGCUCCGGACACGGUCUGUGCAACAACAAAAAGAACUGCCACUGCGAUCCAGGAUGGUCCCCUCCAAAUUGCAAAACUAAAGGAAGUCCCUUGGGAGGAAGCGUGGACAGCGGGCUUCGCAUUUUGUCAGCUGAUAUUGCGGAAAGAGCCGCCGAAGACAACAUGCGGACUUGGGUGCUGCUGAGCAUCUUUCUUUUUCUGCCCGUCAUCAUUUUGUUGGUCAUUUUACUUGUCAAGUGGAAGCGAAUCAGCGACUACUGCGCAGAAUUUGAGGGCUCAGAGGACGAAACUGCAUCAUAUUCAAGAUCCGACAUAUCGAGUGUCUCUGGCAAAAUAAGCACUCAAACGGAUCAGUUGUGACCCAAACUGGACUCGGCUCCUGCUGUGCAGGGAAGAGAAGGAGACAGCCAAGACCACGCCAUGCGCCUGCAGUGCCCGAUUUCUUGCCAUUGCUUAAUAAAGGAUUGUAUGCAUAGAAA